CAACUGACUCUCACACCGACAACAUGAAGCUUAUUCUCUUCGCUUGCCUGGUCGUUCUGGUCGCCGCUCGCCCUGAACAGGACGCUGAGACGACGUUGGACGAGAGAGACGACUCUGGCGAUGGCAACUUCAACUACAAGUUUGAAACCAGCAACGGAAUCUACGAGGAGAGGACUGGCUCCCUUGGGGCUGAUGGCCAGAGCAAUAUAGAGGGCGUCUUCAGGUUCACAUUGCCUGAUGGCACCGUAGGCGAGAUCCGAUUCAUCGCUGACGAGAACGGCUACCAACCCUUGUCCAACUUGUUGCCCACGCCCCACCCCCUCCCAGCCCACGCAAUCGAACAGAUCCGCUUCGCUGAAGAGCAACGCGCUAAGGGAGUCAUCUUCGAAAAGUAAUGUGGGAGGUGUGAGGCUGGCCCCCACCCAUCCACGACCACUUCGAUACACAGCUGACCGUCAUCUUGUACCCUUCACACACACGAGAAAAUUUCUCCCUCAUGCACAACUUUUAUGGCGUAUUCUUCUUGUCAGCAGAAGUCCGAACACAACCCUAAUAGGAGCUCAUAUAUAGAAAAAUAAACUUUUUUUUGCAGG